GUUUUGGGGCGGGUUUGGGUCCUGGCCGCUGUUGUUUUGGGUGUUGGGGAGUGAAACGCGCGGUGCUUUGGGCGGGUGUCCCAACGCAAAACAAGCGAAUAAACCUAAUCCUGCGGGAGGGACUCACUGAGCACUCACACCGAGUCGGGGCCGCGCGGCCACCGACGGGAGGCGACGCCCCGCUGUUGGGCUACUUCUGGGCGAGGGAUUGCGGGGGUUUGGGCUACAAAACCGGUUUGAAUUGGUGGCUGCGCUGCGGGGUGCGCGCGGCUCUCACUGCUGUCAUGGCGCUGAGUCAGGGAAGCGGCGGCGGCGGCGGCGGUAGGAAGAAAGUCUGUUAUUACUAUGACGGUAUUCACUUAAGUGGAGCUGACAGUACUGAAGUUGUAGGUGACAUUGGAAACUAUUAUUAUGGGCAAGGACACCCAAUGAAACCACAUCGAAUUCGUAUGACUCAUAAUCUCUUGCUGAAUUAUGGCCUGUACAGAAAAAUGGAAAUUUAUCGACCCCACAAGGCCACAGCUGAGGAGAUGACAAAAUAUCACAGCGAUGAUUACAUCAAAUUUCUGCGAUCAAUAAGACCAGAUAAUAUGUCUGAAUACAGCAAACAGAUGCAAAGAUUCAAUGUUGGAGAAGAUUGCCCUGUGUUUGAUGGAUUGUUUGAAUUUUGUCAAUUGUCAGCAGGUGGUUCAGUGGCUGGAGCAGUAAAACUGAAUAGACAACAAACUGAUAUUGCUGUUAAUUGGGCUGGAGGUCUGCACCAUGCAAAGAAGUCUGAGGCAUCAGGCUUUUGUUAUGUCAACGAUAUUGUUCUUGCCAUCCUUGAAUUGCUGAAGUACCACCAGAGAGUUUUGUAUAUUGAUAUUGAUAUCCACCAUGGAGAUGGCGUGGAAGAGGCAUUUUAUACCACAGAUCGUGUGAUGACUGUUUCGUUCCAUAAAUAUGGUGAAUACUUCCCUGGCACAGGUGAUCUUCGGGAUAUUGGUGCAGGAAAAGGCAAAUAUUAUGCUGUUAACUUUCCACUGAGAGAUGGAAUUGACGAUGAUUCUUAUGAGCAAAUAUUCAAGCCAAUCUUGACAAAGGUGAUGGAGAUGUACCAACCAAGUGCAGUUGUGCUGCAGUGUGGAGCUGAUUCUUUGUCUGGAGACAGACUUGGAUGUUUCAAUCUCACUAUCAAAGGUCAUGCUAAAUGUGUGGAAUUCAUAAAAACCUUCAAUUUACCUCUGCUGAUGCUCGGAGGUGGAGGCUACACAAUCCGCAAUGUAGCUCGAUGCUGGACAUAUGAGACAGCAGUAGCAUUGGAUACAGAGAUUCCAAAUGAACUACCAUACAAUGACUAUUUUGAGUACUUUGGGCCAGACUUCAAACUGCACAUCAGUCCUUCCAAUAUGACCAAUCAGAACACAUUAGAAUAUAUGGAAAAGAUUAAAUUACGCUUAUUUGAAAACCUGCGCAUGCUGCCUCAUGCUCCCGGAGUUCAAAUGCAGGCUAUUCCAGAGGAUUCUAUUCAAGAAGAUAGUGGGGAAGAGGAGGAGGAAGAGGAUCCUGACAAACGCAUAUCAAUCCGAGCUUCUGAUAAGCGAAUAGCCUGUGAUGAGGAGUUUUCAGACUCUGAAGAUGAAGGAGAAGGCGGUAGACGAAAUAUCGCAAAUCAUAAGAAGAGUGUAAAACGAGCCAAAAUUGAAGAAGAAAAGAAAGAUCCAGAAGAGAAUAAAGCAGAUGUGAAAGAAGAAGACAAAGCUAAAGAUGGCAAUGCAGAGAAGGCGGAUCUCAAAGGGAUCAAGUCUGAACAGCCCAGCAAUCCAUGAGAGCAUUUUAUCUCCAUUUUGUAUUACAAAUGGAGGUUACAUAUCAGAGUCUGGAAGGAUCCGAGUGCUGUUUUGUUUUGAGAUUAAUGGCUUUUUUGUACUACUUAAGUGGGCCAUAUUUAUUUUAAAAACGGGCAUCUGUUUUUUCUUUUUUUGUGUGCGAUAUUGCAAGGAACAUGAAUGCAAAUAGUCAUAAUUAUGAAAGUGCAAGAGAGGUUUAGUUUGACAAUGACCCUACCAUGUUGUAAGUAAUGACAUUGUACGUGGACCUGUUUUUCUUUUUAUAUCUGGAGCUGUUUUACUUUGAAAAAGUCGUGUUUGUUAUCUUCUUUUGAAGACUGUUUUUACUACUUUUACAAACAUUUGUAAUUAAAUGGUGCUUUAUAACCAAAUACUACAGAAAUAUGUGUGGUAUUUGCCAGUGAUAAAUACUGUACGAAUUUCACAGUGAUGCUUUUCAUGAAGUGCUACUUUUAAAUUUGCAGUGACAAAAUUGCUUGAACAGGGCGAAAGAAUCCAAUUUACAAGCUACCAUAUCCCACAAUAUGGGAUAUGGGGAGAAACUCCCUUCUCUUUUUGAAUAGUGCCAUGAGAUCUUUGUCCGUCUAAAUAGGUAGAUGGUAUCUCGAUUUAUCCAAAGGGAUCUGCAAGCUCCUGUGAGUGAUGCACAUUCCAGUGAGUUUGUUAUUCAUUGAUAACCAAUGUACCAUUGAUAACCAAUCAGUGUAUUCUCACUACAGUCCAGGGAUCUACUUCUUUUACACUUUAGUCAAGUAACCCAACAGAACAAAAAGCUGGUUAUUUAUAUUUAAAAACAUUGAAUUCGAUAAAAAUCCUAAGUAUGACUUUUGAAGCCAGAUUUUCCAAGUUCUAAAUAAGCUUAGUAGUUAGCUCUAAUACUUGACAUAAACUCCAGACUUCUAACAUUGUAACACUUCUAACACCUAAUCGGAAAGGAUAAGGUGUCUCUGUAAGUCUGUUUAGCAAUUUGUUUUCACAGCAGAGGAACUGAUAAUCUCAUUGAAAAAAUAUGAACCUAGAAUUUCAAAUUUAUUACCAAAAGGCUAUGCUUAGUGGAUCUGAUGAAUAUGUAAUAUUUACUAAAUUGUCUAUUCUAAACAGUAGUAUCAGAAUGAGAUUUAAUAAAUAGUUUAUUUUGAAAGCGGGGCAUCGCAUUGUUUCGAUAUGUUUCCAGGUUGUAACUUGAAGUUUACUUUCUUGAAAAAUAAUUCUCAUUUGGGAUCAUUGAAGCACUUAGCUAUCAGUACAGGAAACCGCUGUAGCUCACUGUUGGGGUUGAAGUCCAACAGUGUGAUGAAGCUGAGGGUGUGAAGUAGUUUAUUUUAAUUUAUGUUUAGCAUAAAUGCAUUAUGUUAUGACAUGUGCUUAGAGAGGAAGAGAAGAAAACAAGGUUCCAAAUACUUUAUAUCUUUGUUACACUGGUAUUCAUCUCAGCAUUUUUGUUCCUUUGUGUGAUUGAUUUCUCCUGCCCUGAAAAUUUUUGAUUAAUUGGAAGGCUUUGUACCUUAACCCCAAAAGGUUUCCUGCCUUUCGAAGAAUCUGGUUUUAAUUUGAGUCUAGUCAUGGAAGAAACUUCCAUGUAAAUCUGAAAUAUAUAUCAUCCUCUGCUACGGAUUUCAAAUUUAUUAUUUCUUCUCUGAUUGGUGAAUUACCAUUAUUUUUACAGUCUUUUCAAAAAUAAGAAAUCCAUUCUACAAAAGAUUUUCCAUCCUGAGAAAUACAGAUUAAGAAUUAUUUAGUUUUAGUAAAAAUGUGCCUUUAAUUGUAUGCUCUUGAUGUAUAGAAUCCAAAGUACACAAAUGAUUACACUGGGUGGGGACAAGAAGGGAGAUUACACACUUGAAAAGAUUGAGACAUUGUCAGGGCCAAGGUUGGAAAUGCUCUUUUGUGAGACAACACUGAUGUGGUGGAAACUACAGUGUACAAUGUAUCUACUUGUCGAGAGCUACAAAAACAUGCUGACCAACUUCACACAAAGACUUCAAAAUGGAAAUCCAGCGAUCCUAACAAUACUGUGCUGUGUCUGAAAAAUGCUACUCGAAAAGGUAAUCCUGAAUGAUUCAGAAUUCUAAAUAUCAAGUCUGCUGUUAUUAAAAAUGAUUGGUGAAAAUGAAAUUCAUUUAGCAUUCCACUUGUGGUAUGUAUGCCAACACUGCAAAGAUCUAUGGCCCCUUGAGGAUAUAGAAUGUGAUUACCAGAGAACAAGGAGUGCAUGUAUUGUUGGGUCAUUAAUAUUGUAGUGACUGGACUGAAUGCUUUCAGUACAUUCUCAUUACAUCUAUAUUAUGCCAUGAAAGUAUCUCACUGUACACACGCAUGAAAUAAACUGAUUUUUGUUGCUGGUUCCAAUUAAAAUGAUUGAUUUCUGAUGCACUUCUUUCAGAUGAGCUAUGUUUGCAUGCGUCUUGGAAGAAAGGGCCAAUUGGUCUUGUGUUGAGGAAAUUCUGGGCAGUAUGCAGUAUUGAAAAUGCAACAGGAAUUUCAGAUGCGAAAUAGCUUUUCAACAGACAUUCAGUGAUAAGAUUAUAUACCAUGUUGUGUUGUACCAUCUCACAACUAUCAUAAUAUCUAACCAGUAUUUUCCUUCUGUUUUGAACAAAUAUAGUUUUGGAAACUCAAAAUGUGAUGAAUGUGAUGUGCUCCUUCCAACGUUUCAAUGGAAGUAAAUUCCCAAGAAUCCAAAAAGGCUAGAACCUCUGGUUACAAUGCUUAAAAUGUUUGCUUAUAAUUUUAAUCUCAUUUCUGUACUUAAUCUCAUUUCUGAAAUGAUACUAAUAGUUGUUCUGCUUCUGCCUUUUAAGAUAUAAGAAUGGGUAACAGCAUAUGUAAAUUAACUUGGGAGAUCAGAUGCCCUUUUCCCCCAACCAAUUGAGACAAGAGUGUCCUUAAUCAGUACAAGAGCCAAGAUUGUCUUUUUUCAGUCGAGGAUCAGCAUCCUUUACAAUUACAGUGGAGGAGCCCAAUAGAUCGUAAAAGAUAAUCUCCAUCUUGACCUUGAGAUAAAUGUGGAUAAAUUAUUUUUAUGAUUGGCAAUAUGUCUCUUGUGUCCUCCAAGUGUGAAAAUUGUUGAAAAAUUGUUUUAAGAAAUUGUAUAAUGUGUAAUAAAAAUCAGAAAAAAAAUAGAUUUUCAGCAACCAUACGUCAAAAAGAAAAGAGUACUUUCUGAAGUGGAGGGGAAAAAUAACUGAAAAAAACUUAAUUGUUUAAGUUGAGACAAUUAUAGGUCUUUGUAAUGUGACUGAUUCAAGGAUUGAGCGGAACAAUAUUUCUAAUUAGCUUGUUGUUCAUGGUGUGUCCUUGUACUUAGGUUAGAAAAUAAUCGUACCUAAACAUCAAGGUUGUUGCUCAGGGUCUUUCGUUACCAUUCUGCUGAACAAAGAGCCAUUUUACAAAAACGAUUGUGUGCUAUAAAACACUCAUUCACUUGCUCUCCCUCAGACUGAGAUGAUUAAACUGUAGAGUUGCAGUCCAGCAUCGAAGAGCAAAUCCUUUAGUGUUGAGCUAUCAUUUUUUUAACAUUCUACUGCUAGCAGCAGAUCAGUUGGGACUAGUUACAUUUAUUGUGAAGGAAGAGAAGCCAGUAUUUCAAAAAUUGACGAAACACUUAAUUUGUUUCAAAAUAAAGUAAUGUUUUAAGAAAUCUAUAUCCUUGCUCCCAACUCCAAUAACAUAAUCUUUUUCUCUCUCACUUUCCUGAUCUGGAAUGAUGCAUUCCAUUGUGUUCUGGACAUCAGGAAACGUGUGAAUCAACCAGUGCCUUUAUUUUUUUCCUUCAUUCCCUAGAAAUUUCAGGGUCUUUGGUUGCAUCUUAUCUGUAAGACUUUCUUAAAAUGCCAAAAUAAAACAGAUGCUUGCAGCAGAUUGACUCUUAUGGUAAAAUAUCAUGGGAACUAUAGUUUUACGGAACUCAAUUUAUGCUGCAUUAACAAAGUAUUGUUCUGCUCUGACAUUUUGAUUUCUUUGUUAUUUGGCAUUCUACCAUAGUACCAGCCUUUUUUCUGCAUGUAUAGACCAGUCUCAUCACUUUUUUUUCUCAAAUCUAUAUCCCUUUGCUUGAAUUCAAUAAAUCUAAAUGACACAAAUGUUAAUCAGCUGCUUUGCCUCCUCCAUUCUAAUGGUAAAGAGCAGCCCCUUGUGGAACAUAAAUGCCAGAACAGCCAACUUAUGCAAUUCGAUUCAGUGGUUAUCUUACUGUGCUAAAAUAUUUACAAAGGACAUGUUCUUCUUGCUAUUGUUAACUUUAUUGCAUUCUACUCUACUUAUUUUCAUUGCCAGUUGUUUGUUAAGAAUAAUUUCUGAAAUGCUGCAAUAAUACUUUUUAAAUAGCAGUACAAAUAUGUUUAAGCAUUGAAAAUAAAAUUGGGUAAAUUCUU